AUGGAAAGAGGUGGUGGUGGAAACAGAGGAAGACAUAGAGGCAGCAGUAAUGGUGGUGAAAGAGGUGAUUACGGUGGCUACGGCAGACGAAGUGGAGGAGGAGGAAGAGGAGAGAGAGGAAGAGGUGGUUAUGGCGGUCAUGGUGGUGGUGGGUCCUAGUACCACCAUCAACAACAACCGCCGCAGCAGCAGCAUUAUCAACAACAACCGAAUGAGAGUUGGGGCAAGCAAGGGAGGCCUUCUCCAUGGAAUAGUCCCGCUUCCACCAGAGCAGCCUCUCCUGCUGUAUCUCCAGCCCCAAUAAACUCUCCUACUCCUGAUACUCUUGUUCCUAGAAUGCAAUCUCUGGAAAUUUCGAAACAGGCACUUUCUUCGCCUUCUUUGGAUGAUGAAGCGGACAAAAAACUCCCUGUGAGACGGCCUGAUAAUGGAGGCACAAAAUCUAUCCAAACUACUAGCCUUCGUGCUAAUCAUUUUAAUCUCUCGUACAAUCCUGAGAGUAUUAUAAGGCACUACGAUGUUGAUGUCAAGCCAGAGAAGCCUGCUAAAAAUGGCCGUCCUAUGAAAAUGUCGAAGUCUGAACUCUCUGCAAUCAGGAAAAAGUUAUCCUCUGAUAAUCCUUCGGAUUUUCCCUUGUCAAGUACCGCAUAUGAUGGUGGAAAGAACAUCCUCAGUGCGGUGCCGUUGCCCACGGGAUCAUUUAAGGUGGAGGUUUUUGAGGAAGAAGGCACGCGGUUCAGUUCAUACAUAUUUACCAUAAAGUUUGUAAAUGAGCUCAAGCUUUGCAAGUUGAAGGAGUACUAUAGUGGCCACGUGUUGUCUAUCCCUCAUGAUAUAUUGCAGGGUAUGGAUUUGGUGAUGAAAGAAAAUCCAACUAGGUGCUUGGUUUCUGUUGGGCGAAGCUUUUACCCCGCUACAUCAAAUCAAAACGAUGACCUUGGGCAUGGUAUUGCUGCAUUUAGAGGGUUUCAGCAAAGCUCAAGGCUGACUUCCCAGGGUCCUGCCUUGUGUCUUGACUACUCAGUCUUGGCAUGUUAUAAGUCCCAGCCCGUUAUAGAUUUUCUGCAAGAGCGGAUCAGGGACUUUGAUUUAAACAAUUUCAACAGGUUUAGGAGAGAGGUUGUGGAUGUAUUGAUGGAAUUGAAAGUUACUGUGACUCACCUUAGAACCAAGCAAAAGUACAUCAUCAAGGGGCUGAGUGAUAAGAAUGCAGGAGACAUUACGUUUGAUGCUGUAGACAGAGAUGGCCAGUGUCCACCUAAGAAAGUUAGGCUGCUUGAUUAUUUCAGGGAAAAAUACCAGGAGAUCCAGUACAAAAACAUUCCCUGCUUGGAUUUGGGGAAAAAUGGUAGGAAGAACUAUACACCGCUGGAGUUCUGUGUCUUAGUUGAGGGGCAAAGGUAUCCAAAGGAGAAUUUGGACACAAAUGCAGCUAUCAAGCUGAAGGACAUGUCAUUGGCUUCACCAAAGGUUAGAGAGAACAUGAUAUGUGGCAUGGUACAAUCUGGUGAUGGACCUUGUGGUGGUGGCAUCAUUGAGAAUUUUGGAAUUGAAGUCAACAUGAAUAUGACACCAGUAACAGGGCGUAUCAUUGUCCCACCUGAGUUGAAGUUGGGUCCUUCUUCUGAUGGCAGGAUGACUACGGUAACAGUUGACCGAGAGAAAUGCCAUUGGAAUCUGGUUGGGAAGUCUCUAGUGGAAGGAAAACCAAUCAGUCGCUGGGCUGUACUUGACUUCAGCAGAUAUGAUCGAUUCUGUCUGGACCCUAAUCAAUUCAUCCCAAAGCUCAUCACAAAGUGCAACAAACUGGGAAUCAGAAUGGGAGAGCCUGUUUUGUACGAAGCCACUUCCAUGAGACCAUUCACUAGUGUUCAGAUGCUUCGUCAGCUGCUUGAAAGCAUUAAUGAACAGGCAUACAAAAACAGCAAAGGCCAUUUACAAUUACUUGUUUGUGUAAUGACUCGAAGAGAUCCUGGUUACAAGUAUCUGAAGUGGAUCUCUGAGACUCAAAUUGGUAUAGUGACGCAGUGCUGCUUGUCAAAUAUGGCUAACAAAGCAAAUGACCAGUAUCUUUCAAAUCUUGCACUUAAGAUAAAUGCCAAGCUUGGAGGCAGUAAUGUAGAGCUAAGUAAUCGGCUUCCCCUCUUUGGGGGUGCAGGCCAUGUUAUGUUUGUGGGGGCUGAUGUGAAUCAUCCUGCUGCGCGGAACACGACAAGUCCAUCAAUUGCAGCUGUUGUUGCCACUGUAAACUGGCCUGCUGCGAAUCGUUAUGCUGCACGAGUCCGACCCCAGUACCAUCGCACUGAGAAGAUAUUGAAUUUUGGAGACAUGUGUCUGGAGCUUGUUGAAACUUAUGAGCGAUUGAAUAAAGUCAAGCCGGACAAAAUUGUUGUCUUCCGUGAUGGGGUCAGUGAGGGCCAGUUUGAUAUGGUUCUCAAUGAAGAGUUACUAGAUCUGAAGAGGGCUUUGGGAGGUAUAAAGUACUAUCCAACCAUCACACUAAUUGUUGCCCAGAAACGGCACCAUACUCGUCUCUUUCCGGAGAGCAUGAGGGAAGGUAGUUCCACAGGCAAUGUAUUACCGGGAACUGUUGUGGACACAGUAAUCGUGCACCCAUUUGAGUUUGACUUCUAUCUCUGCAGUCAUUAUGGAGCCCUUGGAACAAGCAAACCAACACACUACCAUGUUCUUUGGGAUGAACACAGGUUUACUUCUGACCAAUUGCAGAAGCUCAUAUAUGACUUGUGCUUCACGUUUGCAAGGUGUACUAAACCGGUAUCGUUGGUCCCACCGGUGUACUAUGCUGACCUUGUGGCAUAUAGAGGGCGAUUAUACCAUGAGAGUGUGGUGGGACAGUCUCCAGCUUCAGCAUCCUCCUCCUCAUCAUCGUCAUCCUCAGCAUCGUCACCACUUUCAUUGGCUUCUCUAGAGGAAAGGUUUUACAAACUGCAUGCUGACCUGGAAAACAUAAUGUUUUUCAUAUGA